GGCAGGGGCUGCUGUUUUCUGAAGAUUAGUCUUCACUGUGUUUCUGUUAUGGCCAGACAGGCCUGUUGAAUUACCUUUUUCUAAAUCUUAGGUACAACACCCCAGUCUAGACAGAUAGUGGCGGUUAUGCGGCAUCGAAAUGGGAAAUCUUUUCGGGAAAAAGAAAGCAACUCGGGUGACCGAGCAAGACAAGGCUGUUCUGCAACUUAAGCAGCAGAGAGAUAAACUGAAGCAGUAUCAGAAGAAGAUCACAUUUCAGAUGGAUAAAGAGCGACAACUGGCCAAACAGUUGUUGAAAGAUGGAAAGAAAGAGAAAGCACUCCUACUCCUCAAAAAGAAACGCUACCAGGAUAAACUGCUGGACAAAACCGAAAAUCAGAUAAGCAACCUUGAGCGGAUGGUACAAGAUAUUGAAUUUGCCCAAAUAGAGAUGAAGGUCAUUGAAGGACUGAAGGUUGGUAAUGACUGCCUGAAGAAAAUGCAUGAGAUGCUGUCCAUAGAUGAUGUGGAAAGGAUCAUGGAUGAAACGCAUGAUUCCAUUGAGUAUCAGAAGCAAAUUGAUGAGAUGCUGGCAGGAUCUCUGACCCAGGAGGAUGAGGAUGAUGUGCUUGCAGAGCUGGAGGCCAUUACCCAGGGAGAUGCUGACCUUGAACUUCCUGAGGUGCCUGGAGAAGAACUACCAGAGGUUCCAGAGCAAGAACCAGUACGGGAGAAGGAGAGGAUGAAGAAGAAGUCAGAGCGAGAGAUGCUGGCAGUGUAAAUUCAGAUAUGUCCACCUGCCAUUUGUCACCCCUCCAUGUCUGUUCUACUGGAGACCCAAAGGCCUCACUCCAAAUGAAGACUCUGGGGAGGGAUUGACAGUCCUCACAUUCUUAAAUGUUGAAGACCCAACAUCCAUAGCAUUUUUUUAUUGUAUAUACAUAUAUACACACAGUAUACUGUAUGCCAUUUAGUAUAGUGUGAAGAUGAUUCUUAAAGGUGCCUGGUCUUUGUAA